AAAUCCGAAUCGCACACACAAUACGGUACUGCCUGACCGCUCUUAAAUCGUCUCUAAAUUCAAUUAAAACCCUUUUGUUCGCUUUAACUAUAUCACAAACAAAGUUUAACUAGGUACCUUUUUUUUAGCCGCGUGACUACCCAAAUUGUUCACUUAACGUCUAUUUAAAUAAUUCUAGGCGAGUACCGAACGAACGUAAAAUGGGGUACUAAGUCCCAUGUUUUAUUGCUUUUUCGUUUUGUUAGUAGUUGGUUUAUUAGUUUUGUUCGUUUCGUGUAUUUUCAAUAUGAAAUUUUUCGUUUGUUUUGGCUUGUUUUGCGCUGGCUUGAUUUCGAGUCAACCUGUCAGCGAUUCCAAUAGUCUACGACUUAUAAGUGUGUUUCUAAGACAUGGAGCCCGAACUCCAGAGCUAAGAGACGUCUACCCCAAUGACCCUCAUAAAUUAGAAACUUUCCAGCCAAUGGGAUGGGGACAACUGACAAACCAUGGAAAAUCAAUGGCCUUCACUCUGGGAAAAUCUCUCAGGAAUCGGUACAAUAAGUUUUUGGGCGACAUUUAUCUACCUGAAGCAGUAUUCACUCAAAGUACCGAUUAUGACAGGACCAAAAUGUCUGCCUUGCUUGCUUUGGCGGGUCUUUUUCCUCCAGCGAAAGCCCAAAAAUGGAACGAGCAACUCGAAUGGCAACCUAUACCUUUCGACUAUGAAAAAGACCAUCGGGAUUUUGUUCUCAAAAGACCAAACACCUAUUGUCCAACUUAUAUGAAGGAGCUUGAAGAAGUUUUACAAUCUGAUGAUGUUUUAGCCUACAUUAAAUCUAAAAGAGAAACUUUCCAUUAUAUUGCCAAUCACACUGGAAAGCCAAUUAAUAAAUUAAGUGACAUUUUCCAAAUUUACCAAACUCUGACUGCUGAGAAAACCUUAAACCUAACACUUCCAGAGUGGACAAAAAAAGUUUAUCCAGAAGAAAUAACCAAGAUUGCAGCCAAACAAUGCGAAAUGGAAAACGCCAAUGACGUAUUGAAAAAAUUAAAUGGAGGUCGUAUGCUUCGUAAAGUCAUAGACAACAUGGUGGCUAAAACGGAAGGUACUCUGCACCCUCACGAAAGGAAAAUUUUCAUUUAUUCCGGACACGAAAAUAACGUUAUCAAUAUUUUGGCUGCUAUGGGUCUUUAUGAAACUCAUUUUCCCAAUUACAGUUCAGCUGUACUCGUUGAGUUGCAUUAUUUGAGAUCUAGACAGGAUUAUGCUGUUAAGGUAUCCUACAUUCGAGACGUUUAUAAAACUCCAGAGGACCUCAACCUGGCCAAAUGCGACGUCCUUUGUCCAUUGAACACUUUCAUCUCGUUGACUGAAAAACAUGUCCCGAAAAAUUAUACAGAAGAAUGUGAUUCGCCUAUUAAUCUUGAUCAAUAAUAAUUUGUUUUUAUCGAUGUUUUGUUUAAGUAUUAUAUUUAUAAUGUAUUUUUUAUUUAUUUUUAUUUAUUUUAAAAAAAUUUUUGAGACAAAUUAUAUUUUGAUUAAAUGAAGGGAUGAUUUUUUUUU